CUCAUUGUUGCUUUUAGAAAAUUGCUAAUAUGUUAAAUAAUAUCCUUCUUGUCUGCCCCAUUACAUUUCAAAUUUUCAACAAAUUGAAGUCAAGCUCUGAAGAUUCAGGCUUCUUUGUCAGUGCAGCUUCUCCUUCAACAGGAUGCUAAAGGAACUGACUGGUACUUUGUUGAUUGGGUUGUUGGCAUGGGCUUAUCAGGCCUCCCACCCUCCCCCUCCCUGUAUUUGUGGCUCCUCUGGUUGUCCUCCCAUUACCGCAUCCAGAAUAAAGCUUAGGGAUGGAAGACAUUUGGCCUUUAAGGAGGUCGGUGUGUCUAAACAAAUCGCCAAGUAUAAGAUAAUAUUCAUUCACGGCCACGCUCAUUGUAUGCAUGAAAAUAUUGCAUCAAGAACAUCUCCUGAAGUAAUCGAGGAAUUAGGGAUGUAUGUUGUAUCUUUCGACAGACCAGGUUAUGGGGAAAGUGAUCCGGAUCCAAAGAGAACUGCAAAGAGUUUUGCAUUGGAUGUUGAAGAGUUUGCUGAUCAAUUAGGACUUGGAUCCAAAUUUUAUGUGAUUGGAUUUUCUAUGGGAGGCCAGCUUGUAUGGGACUGCCUAAAGUAUAUCCCUCAUAGGUUAGCAGGAGCAACACUAAUGGCUCCUGCCGUAAACUACUGGUGGCCUGGCUUUCCUUCUAACUUAUCUAAAGAAGGCUUCAGUGGAAUGCUGCCACAAGAUCAAUGGGCGAUUCGCGUUGCUCACCAUACUCCAUGCUUAACUUACUGGUGGAACACUCAGAGAUGGUUUCCUGCAUUUGCGAUGCCAGCGGGAAAUAUGGGGAUUCUCUCUCGCCAAGAUAUAGAGAUCGUAUCCACAUUUCCCAAAGAAAACCCUCACCAGGCAUAUCCAAGGCAGCAAGGAGAUUUUGAGUCCAUACAUAGGGACUUGAAGAUUGUAUUUGGGAAACCGGAAUACGAUCCCAUGGAUCUCGAGAACCCUUUUCCUAACAAUGAAGGCUCGGUUCACGUAUGGCAGGGUGACGAAGAUUUUAGACUUGUCCCUCCGAUCCUGCAGCGCUAUGUUGCUAAAAGGCUUCCAUGGCUACGUUACCAUGAGCUAAAAGGUGCUGGACACUUGUUUCCGUUUGACAGUGGAAUGAGUGAAGUUAUACUGAAGACACUUGUGCUUGGAGAAGUUGCAGCCUCAUCUUGAGUUUGUCAAGGCAGACUGCUAAAUUGUUUUCAGGCUGUUUGGAUUUCACUUUUUCUUGGGAAAAAAAGCGGGGUUUUUUAAAAGUUGUAUUGCACUGCUAUUAGUUGUUUGCCAAUCAACCCAUGUUAAGAUUAUUUACUUUGUCAUUCAACUUAAUAAAUUAAGUUGUUGAUUUAA